CCUCUCUUCCCAUCCCCUCCGCCAGCCAUCAAGGCUGUUGCCCAAUACGUCACCAUAAAAACACAUAUUGUAUGAAGACCAUCGGUUAUAUCUCGGGAUGGAGAUAUCUUUAGGAGUUUAUUUAAGUUCGGCAGCCCUUUUAGAAACAAAGACUAAAUUCAUGUUUAUGUGCGAUUUCAGUACUUAUUCCUUUGAACGCUUUGACCAGUGCUGCUUCUCCUUGACUACAUUGCGUUUAUUAUGGCUUACUGUCAACACUGCCAGCAACAUUUUCUGGAUAUAAAAUCUCUGGAACAGCACCUUCGAUCCUCUAAGCACUGCUGUGAUAGAUGUCAGAAAUUCUUUAAAUCUCCCCGGUCAAAGAAACAGCACAUGGAAAAUUCAAAGUGUCAGAGUGUACAUCUAGUCGGCCGUUCAUGCCACCCCAAUGUCCGUUCCAAAGGGCCACAACGCGCCAGGCAAGGACGGAGUGAUAGCUCUCUACCAAUGAUGAUUGGGGUCGCCGUCACAGAUAUCUAUCCCGCAUAUCUCGGAGUGCCUCGGGAUGCAGUCAUGCCCAUUUUUAGAAUGGCCUGUCGCCUCCGUUUUAUCAAGCCUGAUGUGGAUACCUUAUUGCGACAUAUCAACACACAAUUAGAUCAUAUGAUUGUCGCGGCCCUCAUCGAGGCUGCCCUUCGUCUCUUGCCACCUGACAACACGCCCGAAGGGAAGGAGAGAAUGCAGAAAAAGAUGAGGGAUGCGCAGCUAGCGGAGAACAGCUUUACCGACCAAAUAAGAGCAAUGGACUAUCGGUUCCUCACUGAAAGUGAGCAAAAAGAACGAAACCUGCAACCAACACCUGAUAUUCGGUUCCUGAAGCCUGUAUCAAUCCAUGGGAAAUUGUGUCACUGGUUAGAAUACAAAAACUACUUUGGGUUCAAAGCAAAUCCAUUCGUCGCUGCGAAAACGAGGAAGCAAUUGCGGAGAUACUUGUCUGCUCUUGGGCCAGGCGCAGUGGUCUAUCGUUUGGGAUUCGAAAUUGAUCACAUCUCGAUAGAGGGAGUCCAAUCUUUCCGCGAGGCAGAAACAUUGUAUUCCCUCAAGCAGCAAUCCAGGGCUAAAUUAAGUAUGAAAUAGACCCUGAUUAGACCGAGCCAGGUGGAGAUAGCGGCUACCCUCUACGGACAGUUGUUAAUCCCAAACUCUUCCUUUCCUGUAUCCGACUUUCAUUUGUCAUUGUUUUUAAUUUUUGAUUUCGAUCUAUUGGAAUUCUAACUAAAUUCCCAUUUCAAGUAACAGCAUUGCAUUUAUACAAAUGAAUCUUAUUUAUUGUGGCUCAACUUAUAUUUACUAGAUUGGUCGGGGCAAAGCCUCUGUGUCGAAGGCUAUGUGUACCCAUCUUGGACCGAGUUUAUUUAUUUACGAAAAGUCUGUUCGUCUGGAGAGAAAUUUAUCGGGGUAACUGGACGUUGAACAAGCAACAUAAAC